AUGGACGGUUGGAACAAGUUGUCUUCGAAAUUUGCGGGCAUCAACCUUGGCCAGUCCGCGAGCAAGUUUGCCAAGGGCUUCUCCUCCAGCGUCCGUCCUCUUUCUGCGAAAUCGUGCGGGGGCGUCGCUCAUGCUUGCGGUGGACGUACAGAGUACAAGGGCCUCGGGGCCCGUGUCGACAACCUCCGCGCCGUCCACCUCGCUCUACUCACAAUCCCUCACCGCGGCACGACGACCGGGACCGAGAUCACCAACUUCGCCGCCGCGAACCUCAAGGGCACCGCGCUCCCCACCCCUGACCCCAUCGAGCUCCCUGCCCCGCAGCACAAGACGCCCCCGCACGCGAUCGCCCGGCAGGCGGCCAUCAAACAUGAGUAA